UUUUAUAGGACGAAGGCUCAUCUUUACUCUCUUUCUCCUUCUCUGAUCUGCCAUCAGAGAACGAAAUGCGGUGCCGUCACCGGGAAGCGAUCGUCUUAUUCCUCCUCCUCGCGGCGGUGCUAUCGCCGGCGGGAAAGUGGUGGGCGGUGGCGGUGGGUGUGAACUGGGGGACUUCCUCCUCGCAUCCCCUCCCGCCGGAGAAGGUUGUCUCCGGACUCCUCCAUUCGAACAAUAUCACCAAUGUGAAGCUCUUCGACGCCGAUCCCGCCGUUCUCGAGAGCCUCGCCGGCUCCGGUAUCAAUGUGAUGGUCGGAAUCCCAAACAGUAUGCUCGCGCCUCUCAACUCCUCGAAGAAGGCGGCGGCGAGCUGGGUCCAUGAUAACAUCACCCGUUACUUUCCCAAUGGCGGAGUCGAGGGCCGCGUGCGAAUCAAGUACAUCGCUGUUGGUGACGAGCCGUUCCUCCUCUCCUAUGGCCAGCAAUUCCAUCCCUUCAUCAUCGGCGCCACCAUUAACGUUCAGCUUGCACUGCUCAACGCCAACUUAGCCGAUAAAGUGAAAAUCAUUGUUCCCUGCAGCUCCGAUGUCUUCCAGUCCAACUCCACCCUCCCUUCCACAGCUCACUUCAGAGAAGAUCUCAACACAACCAUGUCUCAGCUCCUCUCCUUCCUAAACCGCCACCCCUCGCCCUUCGUCAUCGACAUCCACCCUUUUCAAACCUUCCAACAAAACCAAAACCUCUCCAUCGAUUACUUUCUCUUUCGAUCCAGCACACAUCGACACGGCAAGUACACGAAUUUCCUCGACUCGACCCUCGAUGCUCUAGUUUCUUCACUGACCAAGGCUGGUUUUGGAGACAUGGAGAUCAUCAUUGGUAGGAUUGGCUGGCCUACCGACGGAUCGGUAAAUGCCACGGCCGGCUUUGCUCGAACCUUCAUGCAAGGUUUACUCGAGCACCUAAAGAAGAAGGUUGGCACGCCGUUGCGGCCAAACAGAGUUGUAUCAGAGACCUAUGUCUUUAGUCUUCUGGAUGAAGAUCGCCGCGAUAUAGCCACCGGAAACUAUGAAAGGCACUUCGGCAUCUUCACCUUCGACGGACAGGCGAAGUAUGAUGUCGACUUCGGGGAAGGCUCGAAGAAACUAGCCAGUGCUCAGAAUGUGGAGUACCUCAGCUCCAGGUGGUGCGUGGUGAAUAACAAUAAGGAGUUAUCAAAUGUUUCUGUUAGAGCCAUGGAUGCUUGUUUUGAAGCUGACUGCACAGCUCUAUCUAAUGGGGGAUCAUGCUCCAGCCUUGCCUGGCCUACAAAUAUCUCUUAUGCCUUCAACAGCUAUUACCAGCAGCAUGAUCAGGGAGCCGAGAGCUGCGAUUUCGACGGCCUCGGUUUGAUCACGACCGUCGAUCCAUCGGUUGGCGACUGCAUCUUCGCCGUUCAACUUCACACGUCCUUCGCUGCCUCUGUUCUUCGAUUUCGAAUGCCUCUUUGGUCUGCAACUGUGAGUUCAUUCUUCCUCUUUAAUUUGGUAAGGUAGGAUUGGAAGAUUUACAUACAUGCCACUGAAUUCCUAUGAAUUUACAUGUCUAACAGCUAAACUUCGAUUUUUACGUAGAUGCCGCCUUAUCUAUGCAUGAAAAUUUGUAUUUCACUUUUUAAAAGUGAUUUUUUUUUUGGUGUGCUAUGAAAGAUGUGGGUGGUAUAAAU